AUGGGGACAUGCCUGUGUAAACCAAAGUCAAGACGUUUCAAACAACGUCGACGUCUGCCAACCUCUACCAUAGAAUCUCCAUUAUCCGACACUCACCUCAUCGUUAACGAUAGUCUCGAUUAUGGGUUCCACGGAGAGCACCGGCUUAUUGAUGGAAGAAAAUUUCACAACGUGGAAAAUUCGAGAUACAUGAUGCCUUGCGAUGAUGAUGAGUGGGAGAGGUUGCAUGUUCAGCACUACAUUUGUCGUCAGACAUGGAAAGGGAAUUAUUCGGCUCCCAUGAAUGAAAGAUUAAUCACCGGAGGUGCCCUCGUUUUGGACGCUGGUUGCGGUCCCGGUACGUGGGUCAUAGAGAUGGCGAACGAAUUUCCAAGAUCUCAUUUCACUGGAAUUGAUCUCUCCCAGGUCUGUCCACGAGAGCAAAAACCAGAGAACGUGAAUUUCCUGACACACAACCUGUUGGAUGGUCUGCCGUACAACGAUAACACUUUUGACUUCAUACACAUGAGAUAUCUCAUCUCCGCCUUCAGUGAGAAGGAAUGGAAGAUGAUCAUAAAAGAACUUGUGAGGGUCACUAAAAUUGGUGGAACCCUUGAAAUAAUGGAAGAUGAAAUAGAACCAAGGAAUGAUGGUCCCAUAUCAAGAUUAUUGUUUGGCGCGCUUCUUUCAGAUCUCCGUUCUCGUGACAUUGACGUUACAGCGUAUACCCACAUGAUCGAUAUGUUGAAGGAAACACAACAACUGAAGGAGAUAAAAUCUGAAGAGAUGUCGGUUCCAUUUGGUAAAUGGGCUGGCAGGAUUGGUACUUUAUUGGCUGAAAACACAGGUCGUGUGUUCCUCACGUUCAGGGCAAGAUUUUCAUCACACCUAGGUGUUGAGCGAGAGGAAUACGAUAAGCUGAUCGAAGCCUGGUAUGAAGAACUGAAUGAAUAUAAACCAUAUAAUAUUGGCUAUCGAUUUUGGGCACAAAAGAGAUGA